CUUUGGCUUUAGGACAUUAUGGCUGCGCACGGUUCAUCAAUGGUGUUUUUAUUUACGUUUUUUCGUUUUUUCUCUUAUUUAAAACAGAGGAAUGUAGACAGAGUUUGGCUUCGAUUAUAACUUUACAAAAAAGCAUUAGGAGAUUUCUGGAGUUAAAGCUCUAUUUGCGUCAGGAACGCUGAAACACGUUUUGCUUGUUGGCUAACGAGUCAGAUAGCCAGGUAGGAUAGUUGCCUGUCACCGGUCCGAAUUUAGCUGUUGUAAACUCAGUUCACACUAAAUUAACUCGUGUUGUAAGGGCAAUGAUUGUAUAGCUUGUUAGUUAACCGCAACAAUAAUUGCUAUAACUCGAUCACUAUACGGGAACACACUAGUUAUCUAUUCAUAGCUAUGUUUACCCCUGUAAAGUCGUCUUAUUUCAGAGUCAGUCCCACUACUAUCAACAGAGAGCUAGGCAAGACCAAGAUGAGAUAGCAAGAGGAGUUAUUAGUUAGCUAACACAAUUAGACAUUCAAUUCAGUCCCCUGAAGGUGCGUUUCACAGGAAAGAGAGAAACAGACGCAAGCCCAGCCAUGUUUGGGAGUCUUUUCGAGGAAGAGGAGGAGGGAUUUUCUCUGGCUCCCUCAGGAGGUAGAGUUGUAAAGGGGGAAGGGGAGCCACCUCCACCCCGGGGAAGAGUGAAUCUCAGCGGGAUUAAAAACCAGGGAGGGACGUGCUACCUCAACUCCCUGCUCCAGACCCUGCUCUUCACCCCGGAGUUCAGAGAGGAGCUGUUCAGUCUGGGUCCAAAGGAAUUGGGCUGCCUGGAGGACAAAGACAAACCAGAGGCCAAGGUCAGGGUUAUUCCAUUGGAGCUCCAGAGGCUGUUUGCUCGUCUACUCUUGGUGGACCAACAGAGUGCCUCUACUGCUGAUCUCACUGACAGCUUCGGAUGGAACAACAGCGAGGAGAGCAGGCAACAUGAUGUGCAGGAGUUGAACAGGAUUCUGUUCAGUGCCCUAGAGCACUCCCUGGUGGACACCAGCGGUAGUGGGUUCAUCCAGCACCUCUACCAUGGCACCACUGUCAACAGCAUCCUCUGCAAAGAGUGUGGCAACAUCAGCCAGAGACAGGAGGACUUCCUGGACCUGACAGUGUGUGUACGUGGCGUGUGUGGCCUGGAGGGGGCGCUCUGGGACAUGUUUGUGGAAGAGGAGAUGUUUGAAGGCAGUAACCUCUACCGCUGUGGCCAGUGUGACCAACUAGUCACUGCUGCUAAGUCUGCCAAGCUGAGGAAGCUCCCUCCCUUCCUGACAGUGUCUCUGUUGAGGUUUAACUUUGAUUUUGCCAGGUGCGAGCGUUACAAGGAGACUGGUCGCUACACCUUCCCUCUCACCAUCAACCUCAGGCCCUUCUGUGAACAGACUGAAGACGAGGACUCGGAGUACUCCUAUGAACUCUUCUCUGUCAUCAUCCAUAAGGGAGGCUGCUAUGGCGGCCAUUACCACGUCUACAUCAAAGACAUGGACCACCUAGGCUUGUGGGAACCGCCGGAGGAGGAUUCCAAACCCAAGGUUCAGAAGAAGGAAGUGAGAGUGUAUCCUGAGCCGGAGAAAGACGACCCUCUAUCUGUACUCUCCUCCAUAAUAGCCCAGGAGGAGAGCAGGAGCGUGCUGCUGGACCAGCUGGGCCAGAGACUGAUGGACAAGAUCGGUUCUUCCUGGAGCAAGAAGUACAGGAAAUUCCACGGCCCCAUAGGCAAGUUCCUCCAGAACCACAGUGAUGUGUUUGUGUUGGUCAAUAACGGCACUCGGGUGGCCCUGAAAGCCAACCCCCCUAGCCCGGUGACCCAGCCCUCCAGCCCAGCCCACCCAACCCCUGGCCCUAGCUCUACCCCAGACCCAGUCCACAACAACACAGCCAACCCCCAACCAGAACCAGGACUGGAGACGGCACCGGAACCACAGGGCAGCCACUGGUUUGAUCUGAAUGACUCCACAGUGACGUCGAUCCAUGAGAGAGACGUAGAGAAAAUGUACCAGGGAAAGGAGAGUGCCUACAUGCUGUUCUAUAGGAAGACACUGCUACACAGGCCUUCUGGAGCCCUGAGGAAUCCUGGGUAUAAGGUUCCCCCUCACCUCUUGGAGAUGGCUGAAGAGGAGAACAGAAGACUACAACAGAGACGGGAGGAGUUUGAGGCCAGCAAUAACAGUGUUGAGCUGCGUCUCCACCUAGCGCCGCGCUAUAGGUUGGAGAACGGAGCUCUUAAGCCAAUCAGCAUAGAGCAGAAAGAGGCCACCAACCUCACCUUCGACCUCCGCAGGACCGUAGGAGACUUGCGAAUGAUCAUCUACCAGAUGCAGGAUCUCUGGGAGGGGGAUAUGGCUCUGACUGUGGCCAAAUGUCUGCCAGCCGGCCUUCACCUCUACAACACUCUCACAGAUGAUGAGGUGUCUCUCUACAGUGCAGGCAUCUUGACUGGCACUGAUCUGUUUGUGUGGAACGGCAGAGAGGUUUGUGGGGCGACUGUCCAAAUAGGAGCCGAGUGGGAACCAUUGCUGCUGACCGUGGUUCGCCCCUAUCUGGGAGAAGAGGGGGAGGGAGGGGAUGAGGAGGGGGGAGGCGAGGGAGAGGAAGGAGGCGAGGGGCUGUCGAAGGAGUCGAGGGGGUUUGCUGGGAGGGUGACUCUAGGAGAGGUGAGGGAGGCAUUAGGGGAGCCACAGGAGAGCCUCCUGUGUCAGGAGAAGAGGGGAGGAGAGGGAGGAGGGGAAGGAGGUGGGGCCAGCGGGUGGAGGGUAUUCCCUCCUGGAGACAUGCAGAGGACCCUGAAGGAGCUGGCCUUGAAGGAUGGAGACACAUUGCUGGUGCUGGAGCCACAGACACAGGACAGCAGUGUGUUCAGUGUGAGUGGUGAUAUGGUAACCGUGACAACACCAUCAGACUGUCGCUGGCUUCAGGUGGAAUACCGACCAGAGAGAAGAAGAGGAGGAGAGGGGGAGGAAGAGGAGGAGAGGAUGAGGGCAAAGGUCCCUGCCUCUGGAAACAUGCUGCUGUGUGAGGUGAAACAGAGGGCUAUAGCGGAGCUGCAGCUACAGGAGCAGUUAGCAGGUGUGGCAUGCUGUCUGAGGCAGGUGGACCGUACAGGGAAACUCCUGCCCCCAGUGUGUGAGGAGCUGAGUGUCCGUGACGCUGGGGUUAGGCUGAUGACCUCCCUGUCCCUCUGUCCUGGAACGGCCCCCAAAGACACACAGCUGUUCCUGUACUUCAGUGUGGGGACAGCACCCUCCUCUGGCUUGGAGGGGGAAGUCAUUGUAGAGCAGUCCAGCACGGUUAAACAGUGUCUCAAGACAAUGUUGGAGUCAGCAAGACUUGAAGGGAACGGUUGGCAUCUAAGGAGGCUGGACUGGUGUGAGGAGGUGGGAGAGGCUUUGAUGGACGAGGAGGCGUCUCUCUCAGAGCUGAAGAUGAGUCAUGGAGACGCUCUUGUGAUUACUGAGGGACGACUUCCUCCCAAGGGUUUUCUGAAGCUGUCAGUCUGGCUGUAUGUGGAGCCAAGAGCCUAUCCUGUGGUCUCUAUGGAAACAGAGGUCAGCGGCACAGCCGAGGGGUCCACGGAGGGUCAGAGGUUGGAGGUCAUGACUGCAGUGGGCAGGGCCAUGGUGGAGCUGAGGACUGUGGGACAGGUAGAGAUCUCAGAGGAGGCUACACUGGAAGAGCUGAAGACUCAGGUGCUGACUCUGCCGGCGCUGCAGUAUGUGUGUGUGCCCACUCCUGCGUUUCUGCGUGUGUGGCAGCUGGAGGGACAGAGACUGACACGUAUCCUCAGAGGACAACAACACACACUCAGGAAGUUGAAGUUGUGCAGUGGGGUGGAGUUUUGUGUGCAGCAGCUACUGAGAGAAGAGGAUCUUGGUCCUAAGGAGGUGUUGCUGCGUGUCCAGAUGGGGGUGCCAGGGGAGAGGGGUUACUACCCUCCAGAGGACCUGGUCUGGGAUGCUUCUCGAGACCCUUCCCCCAGAUCGCUACGCUCUGCCCUGGCCUCAACAUACGGCCUCUCUCCUGACUCCCUGCUACUGGCCAAGCACCAGCCACACACACACACCUGGGAGACUUUCUCCAACUGGAGCCAGCAGGUGUCCAAACGGAAGAAGAAGAAAAAGGCGGAGUCUCUGCUUGGAGCGCCUUUCCACCUUACAGACGGUGACAUCGUCGGUGUCAAGAACCUGUUGAUUGACAAUAACCGGGACUUUAGCACCCAACAGGAUGAGCAGAGGUUGAGGGAAGAGAAGGAGCAACGCAGGAAAGGAGGGCAGGGUGCGGGGGCUGAAGUUGAGACCAACCAAGGGGUGGGACCAGAGAAGAAGAUGGGGCCAAUCAAGGCCAGGAAGCCAGAGGUGGCCCUGUCAAUCAACGUGGGGGUGUUCAGAUAGCCUCACCUUACACACACACACACACACACACACACACACAAACAAACACAUACAGUACACAUGCGCGCACACACAGACUUUCUCACCGUGGCAUCGCUCAACAUCAUGAACAAUCUUCUGGACAUCUGUUUGUGUGCCAAACAUUUUUGAUAAUGUGUUCACACAGCUUGACCCCCCCCAUAGAUCUGCUAUCUUCUGCUAGUGUAGGUCUUACUGGUUCGCUAUACAGACCUCUGUCUACUCAAUGUUACAAGCUGCAGUCUAACUCUCCCUCCAUCUCUCUGUCACUACAUCUGGAUCCCUUCUCCCCUCUACAUGAGAUCCAAUAGGAACCAGUAUUUCUACAUGAGAUCCAAUAGGAACCAGUAUUUCUACAUGAGAUCCAAUAGGAACCAGUAUUUCUACAUGAGAUCCAAUAGGAACCAGUAUUUCUAAAUGAGUUCCAAUAGGAACCAGUAUUUCUAAAUGAGUUCCAAUAGGAACCAGUUUUUCCACUCAUAGUACUGGGUGUAUUACAUAUAUAUUGGUAUGUAUUUAGAGUAUCUGCUGACUAGUUUGCAAUGGUACACACCACAGAGGUAUAGAUAUGUACCAGUAGAUUAUAGAUAAUAUAUACACCUAUAUUUCUAAUAAGAGUUAGUGGGUUUAUAUCCAUGCCUUAACAUGGACGAGCCACAAUUCAGCUCAGUCCGGAAUAGUCCCCCCUACCUCAUUUCUGUCUCUCUGUUGCGCCCUCUCUCGCUCUACCUUUCUUUCCCUCCUAACUUCAUCUUCGCUUAGUGGUCUCACCCUCUCGCCAUUUUCCUUACAUGGGAAAGAGUCCAAGUGUUUUCUCUGUAUCCCAUCAUGCCUCUGCACCAGAGUUGAUCAUGUUAAUCAUACUAUAAUUAUGUUUGUUUCAUGUGCAUGCAGUGGGUGUGUUUGGAUGGACUUCAGGGAGUUAAAAUAAUUAAUGGAUCAUUUGACUAAUAUGUCAUACGUGACUUUCAGAAAUGACGGUUGGACAAUGAAUGCGAGUGACUUUGUUUUUGGAUUAUGAGAAUAUUUGAUUUCCUAACUAAUCUGAUGUUUUUAUUUUUGCAUUUGCUGUAAGAAUAACUUAAGUGAGUUUUGAGUACUGUAUGACUUCUACUUGUGGUGUGGGUCAGUGCCAAGAAGCAAGGACAGAUAGAUGAAGAGUUUUGUGAUUUGGAUUAAAUACAGAAUAAAACCGAUCAAGAAGCA